CAAGAAGACCUAACAAUCAUGAAUAUUUAUGCCCAAAUUAACAAGGGCUUUAAAUGAUACAGUAGACCCAAUAGAUUUCACCUAUAUACAGAACUUUGCCACCGAACACAACUGAAUACACGUCCUUCUCAAGUGCACGUGGAAGUUUCUCUAGAAGAGACCACAUACUGGAUCACAAAUCAGCUCUCAACCGAUACCAAAAGAUUGGGAUUGUCCCCUGCAUAUUUUCAGACCACAUGAUUUGAAACUAGAACUCAAUCACAAGAGGAAAUUUGGGGGAAAAAAAAACUCUUUUUUCUGUCUCAUCAACAGAUUCCUGUGCAUUGACUUUGUACCCUGCCAUAGUACUGAAUUCCUCUACCAGUUCCACCCAUCUUAGGGUGGAGUCUUUUGGGUUUUGUACAUACAGUAUCCUGUCAUCUGCAGAUGAUAAAAGUUUGACUUCUUCUUUGACCAUUUGAAUGCCUUUUGUUUCUUUUUGUUGUCAUAUUCCUGAGGCUGGGACUUCUAGCACUAUGUCAAACAACAGCGGUGAGAAUGGGCAUCCCUGUUGAGUUCCUAACCUUAGGGGAAAAACUUACUUUUUUCCUGCUAAGUGCCACAGGUGGCCAUGUAGACAGACAGUAGCCCACACCGCAUCACAAAGGCCCAUGCUGUGUAGAUGUGCAUUCACUCUGGAAGUUAUACAAUGGCCCGUUACCAUGGGGAUGUGAUGAUGCGCACAAUCCCUUAAUUUCCCACUGUUACUCUCAGAGCUGAGCAGUACCAGUGUGGUAAUAGUUGUGGAGCUCCCCACGAUGGGAAAUCUGAACUGUUGCUCUUCAGUUUGGCUAUUGUGGACAUUGCUGCUAGAAACAUCAGGGUGCAGGUGUCCCAGCGUGAAACGGAAUUCUUACAGGAGUUUUCUGGGUCAAAGUGCACACGUUCACUGGCUUUGGAGUGAUACCUGGGACUGGGAAUUUUGCUCGGACUGCAGAAGAGGAAACGUGCUGGACACACCAAGAACAUCACCUUCUGUCCUCAAAAGGCAGACCAGGCAAGGCCGCUUCUGGCCCCGCAAUAGGGUCAAUCCUGCAGCGGACACAGAGGAAGAGGGCCCACUGGAGGUUUCUCCUGAUGGCGGGGCAGAGGAAGGGGCCCCAUAUCUCCCCAAGGUGGAUGCAGGAGGAAAGGAGAGCUUUCCCACUGAGGACCUGAUAGCCGAUCUUCCUCCUGCCACCGAAGAGGAAGAAGCCCCAAAAGUCUCUGAGGUGAAUGCAGGCAGGAAGGAAAAUGAUCCUUUCUUUAUCAAGAUCCAUUUUCCGUGUCAGAAUAUAAGGAUGGAAGAAGAUUUGUGUGUGGAGAACCUUGAGGAUUGAAGGAAUGAGAUGGGAAAAUCUCCAGGACUCUGGCCCUGUAGAUCCUGGUAUCAUCCAGGCACUGGAAGCCUUGCCUCAUCAGGGUCUAGGAAAUCUCUGCAGCCACUCUCAUCCCCUUCCUUAGCACUGCCCAGCACCUGACCCUGGGCCUGCACCACUGAUUCAUGGACCCAGGAGAAAGAGCAGAGGAUGCAGUUUCUCAGCAGGAACACAAAGCCGUGUAAAUGCGCAGUGCCUGCCACGAAAAGGGUGCAGAGGAGGAACUUCUUGCCAUCUCCCAGACCUCAGGGCUCCAGAGGCCCUCAUCGUAAUGGACUGAUGGGCCUUUGGUCUCCCGCUGCAGCACUGCUGGUUUCCCGUUUCCCAGGGGUCUUCCCAUGAGGCAGAAACACACCUGCAGGUACUGCUCAGGUGCACUUGACACUUGCAGGCCUCAGGAACUGAAGACUUUUGCACUUCCAACCAGCAGACAAGACUCAGGAGCCCUGGAGACAAGACAGAGGGAUCCUCUGAGAUUGCCACACCCUUUGAGUUGGGUUAAGAGUCAGUACUAAUGAACUAGCAACUGAGGAGGAAGCAGAACCCCAGGUCUCACCCAGUGCAUUUCGGGGAGUCUGGAGGCCGGUGAGUGUCACAUCUCUAACUACAGCACUAUACAGCCUUCCAGUUCUUUCCCCCUGCCUACUGCAAGGUCUGCUCCUCCUCCAGCUAUCUCUCCAAUCCCAGAAGGAAUGCACAGUGUGAGAGGUGCAAGAAGAUGCAGGACUACCACGGCUCCAUGACCACCCUAGAGUCCAAUUGAGGGGCAGCAUCUGUGCAUCCUCUGUUUCAGAGGGCACACAGCUCACCUGGCCUCCUCUCCUCUCUGUCAGAACCCCUUUCAGUCACCUGUUCACCAUCACUGUCCCCAGCCCUGUCCAUCUGGCUGACUGAGCCCUGCUCACUGCCACAUGUCACUUUGGUCAGCCUGACCUACUGGGUCCUCAAAGCACUGCCCCUGGCCCCUCCACCUCACCAGGCAGGGAGUCUGCAUGAGACUCCCAACUCCUGACCGGCCAGCUCCAGAAGCAGCUGCAGUCCCUGUCCCCCUCCAUAUAGGACUCCGGCCCAUCCUGGAUUACCCUCUACUGGGUUUAGUGGGCAGGCCCUCUGUAACACAAGGCCUCAGUUAUAGCUGAAGCAGAUGCCAGUUGUACCUCCCUGCUGCUCCCAGCACCUCUGAAAUAGAGCCCCCACCUGGGAUGUAUAGAUUUUCCUGUCUUCACUUGUCAGGGCUCCCUUCCCACUGGGGUCCUAGUGACCCUCCCCACCACAGCCUCCCCAUCACUGCUGCUGCCAUGUCCAGCCCCUCCUUGAGCAUACCUGAAGGACUGUCGGUCCCCAGCCAGCCCCUCACCCUGAGGUUAACGCCAUAGACACCACUCUGUGGAGAUGCACUACUGCCCUUCAACUCACAUCUCCUGGGCCCUGCCCUCUCAGAGCUCCUGACUUAUAGCAGAGGGCCCAGGACAACUGUCUGCCAGUAUGCCUUUACUGGUGGGUGUUACCAGGUGUCUACUCCUAGAGCCCUAUCUCUGUGAUGAACACAGCAAGAGCAUCCUUGUAAAGAGGAUGGCAAUCUCAACUCAAGGAUACAUAUGCUUGUGUAGAGGAAACAAGGUCAGAGGAAUUUUAAAAAUUUUAAAUUUGAUGUAGUUAACAUAUAAUGUAUUAUUAGUUUCAGGGGCAGAAUUCAGUGAUCAAUAGGUUGAAUGGAAAGGCCAGUGCUCAUCAAGUCACAAUCCCUCUUUAAUGCCCAUCCCUCAAUUACCCCAUUCCCCACCUACUUCCUGUCCAUCAACUUGUUUCCUAGAAUUAAAAGUCUCCUAUAUUUGC